AUGAGCAAGAGCAGCAAGGUACAUAUAGGAGUGCGCAGCUUCUGGGGAACGUUAGCGAUGGAAGCGCGCGGAUGGCUACGCGGAAACAGUGCCAUGGAAUACACUCCCCCCCCAUCAUACAACUCGAUAGACUUGGAAUCCCAGGGCAAGUCAGGCGCGAUUCCGGCCGGGCUGAACCCGAUCAUACUCUCGUGCGCGCUUUGGAUACUCACGACGACACUCGCAGGGCUGGUUUUGUACUAUGAGAGAGCGGGGACGCCAGCCGUGCUCGGCAGCAUGAUCGCGUGUUUGGUGGCCAUCCUUUGCAUUGUUUUCCACAUAAACAAGCUGUUGAAGGAUAAUUCGCGGUGGCUCUGGACCUGCCUUUCUUACUUCCCCGUGCUCCAGUUGUUCAUCUGCACGUUGUUGUUCUUUUCCAACCGGGGCCUCGCGUACUGGGUCACUGUUGCGGCCUUCAGCGCCGUUCUCAUGGGGACCGUGCUCUUGUAUUGCUCAUACCAAUCCCAGGAGGACUGGGACCAGGACACGCUAUGGGAGCAGAAGAACCAAAUACCACUAUAUGCCGCCCCACUCAUGGCGAUUGCGGCUCUACACAUCACGGGCCUUGUUCAACUACAGUGGAUCUACCGGGCAUACUUUAUAUACCUCUCGGUUUUACUCUCCUUGACUACCAAACAUGUGUACUUGAACACCGACGUAAGGUCGGUACUCAGUUCCAACGGGAGGAUAAACGCCAUCAUGCUCUUUAUGUUCCUUUCGUUGUCCGUCAUAUAG